CUACAGAUCAACGAUCUCAAUGCUCAAGUUAACGAUCUUCGCGGCAAAUUCGUUAAGCCAGCCUUGAAGAAGGUGUCCAAAUACGAAAACAAAUUUGCCAAGCUGCAGAAGAAGGCCGCUGAAUUCAACUUCCGCAACCAAUUGAAGGUGGUCAAGAAGAAGGAGUUCACAUUGGAGGAGGAGGAGAAGGAGAAAAAGAUAAAAGAUGCCUCUUCUCUAAAGCAAGCCAAAAAGUAAGAAACCCGACUGGUCCAAGGGCAAGCCCGGCGAUGCCAAGGUAAAGGAGGAGGUUGAGGCCGAAGCUUAAGUGUCCACGUCCACGUAGUGUCCACUGUACCACCCGUGACUCCCGCCCUAAACAAUAAUAAUUCAAUACAAUACAAUUAUUUCACCACAAACAAAACAAACAGAAUACAA